AACGAUUCCUCGCAGAGAUUCCUAGUUUCCAGGCGAGGAUGCUUUUUUUCUUCUGUCUUUCGAUAUAAGAGCGGCCUGGCUGGUGCCCGUGACCACGGAGGAAGGCAGCGUCACGGGUGGAUUACGUUACACCUAAAGGCUGCCGGCGUCGAAUCGGUUUCUAACGAGAACCUUAAAAACGACCCGUUCCAAGAAAGGGUAGGAGCCGCGAGACCCUCUAACGGCCCAGGGUAAACAGCUUUUGUCUGGCACGGUUCUCGGCCCAAGAGGCCCGCAGCCUAGGGCCAGCGGUCCCGCGCCCCACAGUGCCACACACUGCGCGUGCGCAAGCCGUUGUCAGAUGCGCUGACGGGGGCCGGGAAGAAAAAGAGGCGCGAGUCGCCAGUCCUGCAUAGAGCAAAAUGGCGCGGGAGAAGGAGAUGCGGGAGUUCACCCGUAGCUUCUUCCGACAUCGCCCAGACCUUAGCACGCUCACGCACUCCAUCGUGCGGCGGAGGUUCUUGGCUCGCUCGGGCCGCGACCACCUGGAACCUGAGGAGAAGCAGACGCUGAAGCGGCUAGUGGAGGAGGAGCUGCUGAAGAUGCAGGUGGAUGAAGCCGGUACCAAGGGAGAGAAGCCAGGCCUUACCAAGAAGGUGAAGAGACUUUCCACCCCUUGCAGUGAUCCGGAGAGAAAAAGAUUACGCUUCAAUUCAGAGUCAGAGCCCAGCUCUGCAGCCUCCAGCCCAGACCCCUCUAGACCCCCAGCAACGAAUGGGAUGGCAGCAGCAGAAGUCAGCCCAGCCAAGGAGGAGAGUCCGAGGCAAGCCUCAGAGAAAGCAGCAGAGAACAGCAGUGAAGAAUGGCAGAGGGACCUGACUGCAAAAAUGGGUGAGGAAGAGGAAGACAAGGAGGAAAAGGAGUACAAGGGCAGGAUUAGGAAGAAACCUGUGACCAGGAACAAGCUGGCACCAGGCAAUGCCUCAGUCAGUAAGAAGCAGGCCAGGGAAGAAAGUGAGGAUAGUGAGGAAGAACAUGCCCAGAAGACAGCAGAGAAGGUGGAGGGACAUAAAGGAGCUAAGAGUCACCGGGAAAGUGAACAGGAGGAGGAGGAGAACCUAGCCAAGAAGAAAGAAAACAGAGGAGAAAAAGGGGAGGAGGAGGAGCAGCGGGAGAGGGGGGAGGAGGGAGAGGAUUGGAAACCCAGAGCUGGGAGCAACGGAGGGAAAAGGUCAGCUUGGGAGGAGAGAAGCUGCAAGCAGCAAAGCAGGACAAGGAGGCUAAUGGGAAACUCAGGGGACAGUGGGGGAGAGAAGAAAAAAGAGGAAGGCAGUGGGGCUAACACUCGGAGAGAUGAAGACCCUCUAGUGCAGAGGAAGUGCAAGGACAAGACCCAGUGCAAGGGUGGGAAAAGGCGGAGUGGAAGCAGUGAGGACGGGGAAGACAGCUGGAAGGUGCAACCAACAGCUAAAGGCACUAAAAAGGUAGCCAAACUGGGCAGUAGCAGUGAAGAGAGUGACUCAGAAAGGGAGGUGAGUGACAGCGAGGCAAAAGGGAAUCCCAAGGGGGAGAGGAAGAACCGCUCUUCCAAGAAGACCUCCAGGAAAGGCAGGACACGGAGCUCCUCUUCUUCCUCAGAUGGAAGUCCAGAGCCCAAAGGAGGGAAGACUGGCUCGGGUCGCCGUGGAGAGGACCACCCAGCUGUGAUGAGGCUAAAGCGUUACAUUCGGGCCUGCGGUGCCCAUAGAAACUACAAGAAGCUGCUAGGCUCCUGUCACUCACACAAGGAACGCCUGAGUGUCCUCCGGGCAGAACUGGAAGCCCUAGGCAUGAAGGGUAACCCUUCCUUAGAGAAGUGUCGGGCCCUGAAGGAGCAGCGGGAAGAGGCAGCUGAGGUAGCCUCCUUGGAUAUUGCCAACAUCAUCAGCAAUUCAGGCCGGCCACGCAGACGCACAGCCUGGAACCCUUUAGAAGUAGCCCCCCCAGGGGAGAUAUACCGAAGGACACUAGACUCAGAGGAAGAACGCCCCCGCCCUGCACCUCCAGACUGGUCACAUAUGCGUGGAAUCAUCAGCAGUGAUGGCGAGAGUAAUUGAGCUCUCCCACUUCCAGAAGGGACUAUUUCUACCUGUACAGAGCAUCCCUUACUCUGCCUGCACAGCAGCAGCUUUCUUCAGAGAAGACUGGAGCCCUCAAAAACACAAGUUGUUGGGAUACUGCUUCUCAGCUUCAUGUUCUCUGUGUUUACAGGGGUUUAUUUUUUAGGACUCAAUAAAGGAGUGUUUAUAAUCGCAUCAAAA